CAGACGAGAGCCAGCACCACCGCCUCCGCCGCCGCCCGCUCGCCCCCGCCCUAAGCCCCCAAGCAAAACCUCAUCGCCGCCACCCACAGCCAGCCGCCGGCGAUGGCCGAGGACACGGAGACCAGGCCGGCGUCGGCGGGCGCGGAGGAGAGGGAGGAGGGCGAGAUCGCGGACGACGACUCCGCGGCUCUCGCGCAGGCCAACAACGGGCCCCACCCGCUGGAGCACGCCUGGACCUUCUGGUUCGACAACCCGCAGGGCAAGUCCAGGAACGCGGCCUGGGGAAGCACCAUCCACCCCAUCCACACCUUCUCCACCGUCGAGGACUUCUGGAGCCUUUACAACAAUAUCCAUCAACCUAGCAAGUUGAAUGUGGGAUCCGACUUCCAUUGCUUCAAGAAUAAGAUUGAGCCAAAAUGGGAAGACCCCAUUUGUGCCAAUGGUGGUAAAUGGACCAUCAGUUGUGGCAAAGGGAAAUCUGACACAUUUUGGUUGCAUACUUUACUGGCAUUGAUUGGUGAACAAUUCGACUAUGGUGAUGAAAUUUGUGGAGCUGUUGUUAGCAUUCGUGGGAAGCAGGAAAGAGUGGCUAUCUGGACUAAAAAUGCUGCCAAUGAAGCUGCACAGAUAAGCAUCGGGAAGCAGUGGAAGGAAUUUCUGGACUACAAGGAUUCUAUCGGUUUCAUAGUUCAUGACGAUGCAAAGAAGGAUAAUACCAAAGGACCGAAGAACCGCUACACGGUUUGAUUCCCGCUACUCGCAUCGCUUCUAUCCUAAGAGGGCCCAGCAGGCCGACCUACUAUUGCAUGUAGGGAUAUUCUUCUUGGAUGCAGUGGCACUAGUAGCUUGUAGUGAUCGGGAUGCUGUUUACGGAGACUGUAUGACAUCUGUUUUGCUGUGAAUUGGGUAAAAGACUUAAUCUGACAUGUCGUGCUUGUCGUUGUACUCCAUAAGUCGCACUCAAUCAUCAUUGUAUGCGAGGAGCAUACUUUGUUGUCGUUGCUUGGUUGUGCUCCAAGUGGAGUGUGGGAAGUAUGAGAACAAGUGCAUCAGCAGAUUGCAAUAAAUUAAAAUCUGGAACGAUCUAA